GAGACAGAGAGCAUGCUCAAUCCUGAGAGACAGGCUACUGGAGCACACAUGUACCUUCCCUGUGAAGGAUACACAGUCUCAUGAGCUUCUGCUCUUUUUCAAACACCCGCAUGUGAAGAUAUUUAACAAGCAGAUGUUGGAGAUUUGAUAAAACGGAUGUGAAGAUUCACUUUUGGACCUUGUACAAAGGAUGCACUAAGGAAACUCUGCUUUUGGGGUGAACUUUGACACCAUGGCUGGAUUUUACAGUUGCUUUGGGGACAAAAAUUAAGACAUGAAACGCCGGACGUCAUCACAGAACUCUGGCGUUGGAGGCAGUCCAAGUGAUUGUGACAUCAUGGCCUCAGGAUCUCCAGACGUCACAGUCGCUACUGAACCAUCAGAAGCAGCAGAAGAGUGUUCAGGGAAAAAGAAGUCCAAAUUCCAGACAUUCAAGAAUUUUUUUGUAAAGAAAAAGAGGAAGGAAAGUCCUGCACCAUCGAGUGAAAGUGGUUUAAAGGCUAGUCAAUCGAGUGACGACGUCAACACCUCAAAGCCAACCAUCAUCCAUGCCAACAGCGACAAUGACCGCGGAUCCAAGAUCAACAUGGGAAACAAAGCCAUGUCACAUGAUAGUGUCUUCGUGUCUGAUUCGCCCUCAUCAGAGACUCAUGAGGGUCUGGGGGCAUCCCAAGACAGCAUUCAUGGGAAAGUGAAAUCUCUGCAGCUGCAGCUGAAGCAGGCGAUUCGUCUGGGCUCUCCGCCAUCACUCCUGUGCGGGAGGAAAGGAGAGGACGCAGGGGCUCUUUCUGAAGAUGAUGGUCUUCCCUGCAGCACUGUGCUGGCCACACCUCCUCACACAACUGAAAUGAUCAGAAACCUUGUUAAAAAUAAACUUCAGUCGUUUGUGUCUAAUGUUGAGAUGCUUCAGAAGGAUCUGCAGAGCUAUUUGCCCGGAGAACAUGUGAAUGAUUCAGACCGUGAGUCAUUUGCUUCUGAACAGGAGGAAGAGGAAGUGAGCGACUCCAGCCAGUGUCAAAGAACUUCUCCAACAUCCUCCAUCUCAGCUGGAGACAUCUCUGAAGGAGACGAACAUGUUCCUGACGAGGAUCACGUCCCCAAGUCUGAGGUCCCAGAAUCCUCUUGGGAGAGUCCAGUAACACUUGAGCUGCAGGCCGAUGACUUCCUGUUGGACACAGGAUGUGAGGUCGUUCCUGAGGAGCAGGGGUCAUUGCUGGAGGAAGUGUUGAGCUCCCUGAAGAGCCCUCUUGCAUCAGGACUAGCACUGGAGCAUGAGAACAUGCUGCUUCAGAGUGAGGUGCGAGACAUGAAUAGUAAGAGCGUAGUUGCUCAGCUUGAGGAAGACAACAUAGAUCUUCUCGAUCCCUCAGAGCCUAUGGUGAGCACAAAGGAACCGGCUCCUCUGCCUGACUCGCUUUCUGAAUCAUCUGUGGAUUCAGAGGAGAUCUCAGAGGAGACCACAGAGGAGGAGGAGCUGCUGGAGGUGCCGGAGUCUGCUGAGGAAGAGGCUGUGGAUGCAAGUCACCAAGUGCCUGAAGAUGAUGUUGAGAAACAAGCAGACAAGGCUGAGAGUGCCAAAGAGAGUGAAGUGUUAUUAGAAUCGCCAAAAGCUUUUGCAGUAAAGGUGAAAGAACGAGAUGAAGAUGAGGUCGAUGAAGAUGUUGUUGAGGAUGAAGCUGAAGACGGUGGAGAUGAAGAUGAUGAAUUGACGGUGGUGGAACCUGAGAUGCAGAAGAACUGUACAAAUGAGGUUGGAGGUCAGACAGGUUCUCUAGAGCCUGAGAAAGAGGAGACUUCAGCUGAUGAAAGCGAAUCAUCUGCAGUCAAUGUUGAGAACGUUCCUGAAUCUGAUCCGAAAGUCAGAGAUGAUGUCUGGAGAUCAGCAGAGAUGCUUCUUUCUACUGUGUCUCCUGUGCUGGAGAGUCCAGUUCUCCAUUCUCAGUUCUCCAGUGCAUCGAUGUCUCCGGUAGAGCAGGAAGAGGAGCCUGAGUCCAACAAGCUAGAUGUGUCUGGUGAGCCUCAGGAAGUGUCUUCAGAAAAACCUGAGGGUGUUUCUGAGCAGCAAGUUCUUGAGCCACCUACAAAAGAACCGACGAGAAUGCUUGAGGUUCGACCUCGGUUCACCAUCGCCCCUGCGUGGCAAAGGUCAUUGGCUUCUGGAGGCGCCCAAGAGCAGACCCAGACCAUCUCACUGGUGCUACCAGAAACGAAUGCUUCUAAUGAAUCUCCCCAAACAACUGAACUCAUUACUUCCGUACAAGAAGAACGACCCAAACCAGCCCCAGCUCAGAGUUCCCCAACACUUCCUGAGCGGAAAGAGAUGCCCCCAGAGAACCCAUUUGGAGUGCGCUUGAGAAAGACUCCAGUCCUGCACCGCUAUGGUUUAGAUGGAGAAUCGCCUUGGACCCCCACUCAAACAGAGGCUUCAGGGGCGCAGGAGACCCAGGACCACGAGCAGAGCGGCAGGAAGUCUAUCUUGCCAAAGAAGCCUGAUCUGCUGCUAGCUGACACUGUGAUGCCCGUCAGGAAAAUCCCAGAUACAGUGGGAAGAAUAUCUGUUGGUAGCCCCGAGUCUCCAAGCUGGAUCUCUGUGGCCAGACAGAAACAGAGGAACUUCAUCGAGAACUCGCCAGAACACUCUCCAGAGAAACUUCCCUCGCAGGGGGAUUCACCGGGCAGUUUAUCAAAUCCAAUCGCCAAAGAGCAACCGGCACAGCCAUGUUCACCUUUACAAGUGUUCUGCUCCCUUGAACUGUCCAACACAUCCACGGUAGAGAAGGAAAGCAAGAGAAGCGCUAACCCGUCCACUGCACCUUUGGCCCAAGAUGAGCCUCCCUGGCUGGCUCUCGCUAAGAAGAAAGCCAAAGCAUGGAGUGAAAUGCCCCAGAUUGUUCAGUGAAUGGCCCCGCUGGCAUAUGGACUUCAUAAUUCUUCCCUAUAUUUCCAUACACAUAAACAAUACAUGUGAGCAGUAAUAGGAACCAUAUACAGCCUAAUUUUGCUUAAUCCGCCCGGUGUCAUUAAUGUUUUUCUGACGUCAGAAAGGAAACGAUGCACAUUAGACUGGGGCUUAUGGGUAAUACAUUGCAUUUGUAUUAUAAUUUGGUUUGCAACAUUUGACUGUUAUGUAAUGCUUCAAACUGAGGAGAAAAAAGCCUAACGAGAUUUGCAUACAAAAAAAAUUGAAAAUGAGCCGCCAUCAAAGCUGUGUUUUUAUUUAGGACUGUGUGAAUACCGUAAUUGCUCUUUACUAAGUAAUUUUGCUAUGUUACGUUAUAGCCUUUAAAGUUAGUAACACAGUUAUCAUGAAUGGAGCGGAAGGUGACUUUGUAUUUAUUUAUCUCACUCUUGUAUGUUUUAUGUAUUUUUGUAUUUACGUGCACAGCUUUGUGACUUGUACAUAAAAUGUGAAGUAUAAAAAGAAAGAAAAAUAAUAAAAUGGAGCCAUGUUUAUUUGACCCAGAC